AUGUCUAAAAUCGUUCGGGUUGGUGCGGUUCAAUCCGAGCCGGUGUGGCUGGACCUGGAGGGCAGUGUGGACAAGACGAUUUCUUUAAUCGAGAAAGCAGCCGCCGAUGGAGUCAAUGUGCUUGGUUUUCCAGAGGUUUGGAUCCCGGGGUAUCCAUGGAGCAUGUGGACAUCGGCGGUAAUCAACAAUUCCCAUAUAAUUCACGACUACAUGAACAACUCUAUGAGGAAAGAUUCACCUCAAAUGAAACGUAUCCAGGCCGCGGUCAAGGAAGCCGGUAUGGUGGUCGUAUUAGGAUAUAGUGAACGCGACGGAGCGAGCCUAUACAUGGCACAAUCCUUUAUUGAUCCUUCUGGCGAGAUCGUACAUCACCGACGAAAGAUCAAGCCGACGCACAUCGAGCGAACAAUCUGGGGCGAGGGCCAAGCAGAAUCACUUACUUGCGUUAUUGAUUCUCCGUUUGGGAAGGUUGGUGGACUCAACUGCUGGGAGCAUCUGCAACCGCUAUUGCGAUACUAUGAAUACUCCCAAGGAGUACAGAUCCAUAUAGCUAGCUGGCCCGCCGAAUUCGAGAUGCCGGACCCCAAAAAGAUCGCCUGGCUGUAUCACGAGACGGGAGAGGCGUCAUAUCGCGCAAGCCAAUUUUUCGCCAUUGAGGGUCAGGCUUUUGUCUUGGUUGCGUCGCAGAUUUUGACGGAGGCGAACGUUGAAAGGAAUAACCUGACGGGCAACCCAGUGACUAAAACGCCUGGUGGUGGUUUUUCGAUGAUUUUCGGACCAGACGGCAAACCGCUCUGUGAGCCUGUAGACGCCGGGGCAGAGGCGAUAUUGACUGCUGAUAUCGAUCUGCGAGACAUUGAUAAACCAAAGGCAUUUAUCGAUGUCGUAGGCCAUUAUGCUCGACCGGAUCUCUUGAGCUUGUUGGUCAAUCCUACUGUAGACAAACAUGUAACAACAAUGAAGAAAUGA